AUGGCAGACCCUGUUAGGAGACCUCGACCCAAGCUGACAGACCCAGAAGUCUUUGAUGGUCGAAACCGAAGUCUCUACCGUCCGUUUCGAAGCAAGCUGCGCGCUAAACUUGAGGUCGAUAAAGAAGCCUUGGGCAAUGCCUAUGAUCGUAUGUGGUAUGCUUUUGGCCGUCUAACAGAUGGGGCUGCUAUGCAGGUGCUGCCCUGGAUGGAGCGGUUUGCUAAGAAAGGAGCUACUGAGAGCCAGCUGGACGGAAUGCUUGAUCAAAUGGACUUCAUCUUUCUGGACCGGAAUCUGGAGGAGAAGGCUGUACGAGACCUUGCAAGCUUGAAACAGAACAACAAGCCCUUCACAGUCUUUCUCACUGAGUUCAACCGACUACUCAUGGAAGCUGAUGGCCAUAACUGGCCUGAAAACACAAAAAGGUCCUACCUAGACAAUGCAUUAAACCGUGAGAUGAACACACGCCUUGAAACUGUUGAAAAGAAAAAUGGAUUUGAAGACUAUUGCCGCCAGCUACAGCAGAUUGCGGACCGGAUGGAGAAGAACCAACUGCGGUACUCACGGAACAAUAAGCAUACCACCUCAACUUCUCCAGCUCACCCUGUGAAUACCACCCGUGCUUCCUCUCCACCCCAAGAUAUGGACUGGGAACCCACAACAACAACUUCUGCACGCAGCCAACCUCGACGCGUGGCUAAGCAUGUAUCACGAGAAGAAAUGGAACGCCGCAGACAAGAACGACGUUGCCUUCGUUGUGGUGACUCCACGCAUUUUAUCUCCCAUUGCCCCUACGACAGUCCUAGGAACAGUACCCGCAUUGCUCGCUCACACAUUCAUGGGCCGGAACUCGAAGAUGAAGAAGAGCAGUUGAGGGAACAACCCAAGCUGGGAAAAGAAUAG